CCUCUCGGCUAUGAUUGCUGCUGUCGCGGCUGGCUAUAGCUAUGGACACGGCUAUGGUGGCUAUGGUGGAUACGGCGGCUACGGUGGAUACGGCGGUUACGGUGGAUAUGGCGGCUAUGGUGGUUACGGCGGCUACGGAGGGUAUGGUCACGGAGGAUACGGCGGCUACGGAGGUUACGGCGGCUACGGAGGUUACGGCGGCUACGGAGGAUACGGCGGCUAUGGAGGAUAUGGCGGCUACGGAGGAUACGGUGGUUAUGGAGGAUAUGGUCAUGGUGGUUACGGCGGCUACGGGCAUGGAUACAAGCUCAUUAGCUAUGGACAUGGCUACCACGGAUAGCUUUCGUCAUAAAGCCAUAUUUAUUAGACUGUAA